AUGGCAAAGGAUGCGCCACAGCAGUCCCCACCUACACCAGGAGCAGCGUCGGCCCCUGAGAGCCCUCGGUCACCCUGUUCACCAUCCAAGACAGCCGAGUUAUGGGACGGCUAUGAAAGACUAGCUGUUGAGAAGGCGAAAGAAAGAGACGAACUGAUGCAUGAAACGCAUGAACGAGACGACUGCUCAACUUCACGAACAAGUUUUGAUUUUAGGUUUAAGCGGGCGCAAACUACGAUUCCAUCUACUACAACAUCUGGUUGUAAAUUUUGCGGGCGUCCCAUCAUAUACGCCUCUGGUAUGUGCGAAGGUUGCUUCAAACGCACCGUGGUUUCACCUGGUAAUGAAGAGAUUACAACACCGCUGGGUGCUUCUGAACACAACAUGGCGGUUUCAGGCCUUUGCCAGAUUCCUUCAAGAGAGGAAAUCAUCACACCAACAUAUGCCUCACCCAAGCGCGCAUCAUUCUGUCCACUACCAGCACACCUGACCGACGCCUCGACACGCACCUCGUCAACACAGCCAGGAUCCGUAGGCCGCAGAAAGAAAUCACCCAGCGAACCUACGCAGCCAAGUCUCCAACUGCAAAUCACACCAUCAACACAUACGCCACGCUCGCAGGCCAACUCACCUCCGAUGACACCUACAUCCCCACCAGGCACCGCGCACUCGCUGAACUCGACGCGGCGGUCGAGUCUAGCCAACGUAACCAUGCUACCCAAGCCUCGCUAUCCGCAUGCACGCAAUGACAGCGGCACACCCUCUGAAUUCAGCACGCUCUACCAAACGGUGUCAACCACGACGACGCCACCAGCAAGUCUGCAUCGGUUCGGGUACCCGCUGCAAAACACGACGAGCGCAUGGGACGACUGGGACAGCGACGAGGAAGAAGAACAGGGCGAAGAAGAAGAGCGACCGGGCCUAUCGUCGUGGAUGGGACGCCGCAAGAUAAGGAGCCGCAAUGGUGGCGGGGCCGGUGGUAGUGGUGGCGGCAGCGGCGCCAAAGCCAGUAUGGAUCAAUACGACAGCUCUGGCGAGGAGACGCGGGAGAAGAUGACGAUGGCGCGCAAGAGUAGAGACGAGCGCGUGGAGCAGAGUCGGGUUGAGUCUGUGGGUGGUAUGAGUGUGCGUGUUGAGCGGCUUGUUGAACCGAGUCGCGAUAACAAGGUGAAGAAGCCGAGUGGGUUUGUGAGGGCGUUGAGUUGUGGAUGUGGUACUGCUGAGUGA